AUGUCGCACGUUUGAGGCCUUGCCGCUGGACGCUUUGGAAAGUCGAAGUCUAAGAACGCUUACGGCAAACAUGUCUGAACAUGAUGUUGACAACGAGCUGUUGGACUAUGAGGAGGAUGAGGAACCACAGGGAGCACCAGAGACUGCUUUGCCAGCGGGCAAAAAAGAGGUGAAGGGUUCCUACGUCUCCAUCCAUAGCUCCGGCUUUAGAGACUUCUUGCUGAAACCUGAACUACUUCGUGCUAUCGUCGACUGCGGCUUUGAACAUCCAUCUGAAGUCCAACAUGAGUGUAUUCCACAAGCUAUUCUGGGCAUGGAUAUCCUAUGCCAGGCCAAGUCUGGUAUGGGGAAAACAGCAGUGUUUGUUCUCGCCACACUACAGCAGAUUGAGCCUGUGGAUGGACAGGUUUCUGUGCUGGUGAUGUGUCAUACUCGUGAGCUGGCCUUCCAGAUCAGCAAAGAGUAUGAGCGCUUCUCUAAGUACAUGUCCAAUGUGAAGUGUGCAGUGUUCUUUGGUGGCCUACUAAUUAAGAAGGAUGAGGAGGUGCUAAGGAAAAGUUGCCCCCAUAUUGUGGUAGGGACCCCAGGUCGCAUCCUUGCACUCAUCCGCAACAAGACCCUCAGCCUUAAAAACGUCAAGCACUUCGUCCUGGAUGAAUGCGACAAGAUGCUGGAGCAGCUUGAUAUGAGGCGAGAUGUACAGGAUAUCUUCAGGCUUACACCCCAUGAAAAGCAAUGCAUGAUGUUCAGUGCCACACUAAGCAAAGAGAUCCGGCCGGUCUGUCGCAAGUUUAUGCAAGACCCAAUGGAGGUAUUUGUAGACGAUGAGACAAAACUGACCCUGCACGGUUUGCAGCAGUACUACUGCAAGUUAAAGGACAGUGAGAAGAACCGCAAACUUUUUGACCUACUUGAUGUCCUUGAGUUCAACCAGGUUGUGAUCUUUGUGAAGUCAGUACCACGCUGUGUUGCGCUCUCUCAACUGCUGGUGGAGCAGAACUUUCCUGCCAUUGCCAUUCACAGAGGCAUGGCUCAGGAAGAGAGGUUGUCACGAUAUCAGCAGUUUAAAGAUUUCCAGAGACGAAUCCUGGUAGCGACGAACCUGUUUGGCAGAGGGAUGGAUAUUGAGCGUGUCAACAUUGUCUUCAACUAUGACAUGCCUGAAGACUCUGACACUUACCUACACAGAGUGGCUCGUGCUGGUAGGUUUGGGACCAAAGGUCUGGCGGUCACCUUUGUAUCUGACGAGACAGAUGCCAAGAUCCUAAAUGAUGUGCAGGAUCGUUUCGAGGUCAAUGUGGCCGAACUUCCCGAUGAAAUCGACAUCUCCACGUACAUUGAGCAGUCCAGAUGAAUUGUUCCAGUAAUCAAAUAACAAUCGUGGUCCAUUUGGUGUAUUUUGAUAAUAGAAGAAAAGAUGCCCUCAUUUUAUUUUGAUGCCUGUUCUCACCCCCUUCUUGUAAACUCCUGUUGUGUGUCUUAAAUUCUUAAUUUUAUUGCAGUUUGGGGACCUUUUAUUUUUUUGUGUUUGUUCAUUAGUUUGACAAUUAAAUUUUUAUACAAUU